AUGAAGAAAGCAUAUGAUGCAGCGGCGAAGACGACGACUUAUCCCAUUAUGUUUCCUGUUAUUUUAUUUGACGGGAAGCGCCAGACGAAUGUAGGCAAUAUAACGAUUCGUCAAGGUCUUGCGUUCAACGAAUUCAAGACGACGUUGUCCCAAUUGAUAGGUAUACAUUACGAUGAUCUAACGACUUACUUAGUCGACAUCAGUAAAUCGACGACUUCUACAGAGCCAUUGAAGAUUCUAAUCACUGAUAAAGUUAACUUCGAUGUAAUGAUUAGACUGAGGAAGUGUUAUUUCUUUGUGGUUUUGAAUCGGCCAAGAACAGAGUGUCGGAUGAUUCCUGGUAACCAGAGUGAUUUAUUGCUUAUGCAUUUGAAUCUUCUUGAUUCGAACACGAACAAUGCGCAAACGUCUGCUUAUAGUUAUGGCCCCAGUCCCUAUUGUUACAAUUACAGUGAUGGGUUUAGCGAUUUGGUGAUGCACAGAGAAAACUACUUGAAUAUGAUUUUGAAUUCAGGAUAUGGAUUCGUUUCUUCUUUAAAUGUGAAUCAUCCGAAGAUUGAAGAGGCAGAGAGCAGUUCGAAUCGUCCCCUGUGUGAAGAUUGCACAACAGCGCAAAAACAGGAGAAGACAGCUGAGUUUCAUUUAUGUGUUUACGAUGAGGUUAUUCAUGGAUUUUUCCGGUCACCGGCGGGAUCCAUUUCUCGUCGCCGGUAA